GCUGUGAAGCAGAGAGAGCAAUAGAAUAGCCUUCCCGGCUUGUGGUCCGUGGGUGAGGACCGUCCGUUGGUCACCAAGACACAAACAUGUCGGUGGUCAGCCGUCUACCUGCCCUGGGCGGCCUGCGGGCCAUGGCGCGGGGACCCGCCGCCACUACCAUCGUCCAACGCAGCAUGGGCGGUGGGCCGAGGACCAUGAACAUCACGGCCUCACGCUGGCAGUGGCACAAGUUCAAGGACCUCUUGCACUACUACUUCAUGCUGGGCGCCAUCCCCUGCACCGCCAUCGCCUUUGCCGUCAACGUCUUCAUUGGCCCAGCAGAGCUUGCGCCCAUCCCUGAGGGUUACACGCCCAAGCAUUGGGAGUACCAUGCGCACCCCAUCUCACGGUUCCUGGCGCGGUACGUCUGCAGCAGCCACCAGAUGGACUACGAGAAGUACCUCCACUACAUGUAUGAGGAGAACGAAAUGAAGGAGAUGAGGCGCAUCGAGGCCAAGGUGAAGGAUCUGAUGGCCACACGUCUGGACUCCCAGGCCCACUACUACCGGCCCAUCCUCACCAAGUACCACAAGAUGGUCAAGGAGGAGUACGAGAAGGUGACGGAGAAGGGCUUCUAAGGCACCACCCAGUCGGCCUCAGCACUCCACUGUAGGGAAGGUGGUGGGGGAGUGUGGCAGGAUGUUUGGCUCUUUCCUUUCCAUUCUGUGCUGAAGUAAGAAGAGUUUGGGGAGUGUGGCAGGAUUUUUGUUUCUUUCCCUUCCAUUCUGUGUCGAAGGAAAGAGCUUGGGAGUGGGGAGGAUGUUUGUUUCUUUCCCUUCCAUUCUGUGCUGAAGUAAGAAGUCUACAGAUCACACUUCUCAUUCUGCUUGUCUUUUUUUUCACCUUUGCACUCGUAAGGAAUCUGUAAGAGGUCAGUUAGCAUGUACAAGUCAGUUCAUGUAAGCCUAGCCCCACCUUACUUCACUAUCCAUGAAUUUAUCCAAGCUCUUCUAGAAUGUAUUAGUGGUAUUGGCACCCACAACAUGACUGCCAAGCCUCCUCCACUCAUCCAUGACUAUUGAAAACACACAACCAUGGAGACAGUGGGAAAAUUUUAGACAGUUUAUCAAGUUUAGUUCCAAAGGUUUCUUGAUACUCUCUUCUGAAAUGAGUCAAAAUCUUAGGAAAAAACAACACCUUAAACCAGUCUUAUACAUGUGUUUGAUGACCCUGCCUGAGUACAGAAGGAAAGGCUGCAUCCCUGCCCCACCCCCCCUCAUCUCCCCCAACAGGUUCCUGGGAAGUGACAUAAGAGUAUAAGCCUUGUCUAUGAUGUACAUACAUAAUUUUAUUAAAUAUAGUUGUUUAAGAAACUGUU